CUCCAUUUCACCUGAAGAAUUUUCACCCAACCAGAACAAUUGCCGAAAAAUAUGAAAAACCAAAAUCUACGCUGCAUCGUGACCAAUUGUUAUGAGAGUGGUAAACAGGAUAGAAGCGCCAUGUUCAAAUUCCCUAUAAAUCCGGUUAUUAGGCAAAAGUGGUUGGAGAACAUUGGGGUUUUGAAAGACAUCAAUUUGCAUAAUAGUCGGGUUUGUAGGCGUCACUUUGAGCCGCAGUGUUUCGGCAAGGCCAAGGUGUUUUCAUGGGCAGUUCCUACGCUUUUUUUGGGUGAAAACCAGUUAUUACACUCUGUCAGUAAACCGGAAAAGAACCCCAUCACCCGCAAAUGCUGCAUCAGGAACUGCCCUUCUCGAUCUGAUGGCCAGAGACUGCACUUCUUUCCCGCGGAUCCCGAGCUGCGCCAGGAGUGGAUGGACAUAUGCCACCUAAAAGUGGACCUCAAGUGGCCCUUCAUUUGCGGCAGGCACUUCAGCAGGCACUUUCUGCCUAAGAUUAAUGGGAACCUUAAGAAGGACGCCAUUCCAGAGCUCCAUUUGGGUAUAGAAAGUGAAGAUCCCCUGGGAAAGUGCCUUAAAAAUAGGAGGCCAUCUUCCAAGAGGAUUAAAUUGUCAACCAAGAGCGACGAUUCGGGUAUAGAUGAGGAAAACUCCAAGGAUAGCAGUCCUAAUGAAUCCUGCUCCAGCUGCCUGGAUCUCCAACAACAACUAACAGCUGCCCUCCUUAAAAUUCAGCAGCUUGAGGAAAAACAGAAGGCUAAAGAGGAAAGCGACGACGAGGAGGAGCUAAUUUUCAUGCUGAUGAAGUAA